AAUAAAACGGGAAAAGGAAAGGCAAAACAUUUUUUUUGGACGGGAUGAACAACAGUUUCCUGAACAUGGCGUCGAUAGGCGACUUCGACCCGCUCAACGCGUCUAUCCCUGCGACCAAAGUUGAAAUCACGGUGUCCUGCAGAAACCUGCUGGACAGGGACACCUUCUCCAAAUCAGACCCAAUUUGUGUUCUCUACACACAAGGCAUGGGCAACAAGGAGUGGAGAGAGUUUGGAAGAACGGAGGUGAUUGACAACACGCUAAACCCAGACUUUGUGCGGAAAUUCAUUUUGGACUACUUCUUUGAGGAGCGACAGAACCUGCGAUUUGACUUGUACGAUGUUGACUCGAAGAGCGCCAACCUGUCAAAACACGAUUUUCUGGGCCAGGCCUACUGUACUCUCGGAGAGGUGGUCGGAUCAUUGGGCAGUCGCUCGGAAAAAGCUCUUGGAGGCAUUCAAGGGAAGAAAUGCGGCACCAUCAUUGUGAAAGCCGAGGAGCUGAACAACUGCAGGGAAUCAGUGAUGAUGCAGUUCUGCGGGAACAAGUUGGACAAAAAGGAUUUCUUCGGCAAGUCCGACCCGUUCCUGGUCUUCUACAGGAGCAACGAGGACGGCACGUUUACCAUCUGCCACAAGACAGAGGUGGUGAAGAAUACAUUGAACCCGGUUUGGCAGGCCUUUAAGAUCCCUGUUCGGGCUCUUUGCAAUGGUGAUUACGACAGAACAAUCAAGGUUGAGGUGUACGACUGGGACAGAGAUGGCAGUCACGACUUUAUCGGAGAGUUCAGCACCAGCUACAGAGAACUAUCCAGAGGGCAGAGCCAGUUCAACGUCUAUGAGGUGAUAAAUCCAAAGAAGAAAGGGAAGAAGAAAAAAUACCUCAACUCUGGAACGGUAACGCUGCUUUCAUUCCUGGUGGACAUUGAAGUCACCUUCCUGGACUACAUCAAAGGAGGGACCCAGAUUAACUUCACUGUUGCCAUCGAUUUCACAGCUUCCAAUGGUAACCCAGCCCAGCCCACAUCACUACACUACAUGAGCCCAUACCAGCUGAAUGCCUACGCAAUGGCCCUGAAGGCAGUAGGAGAAAUCAUCCAGGACUACGACAGCGAUAAGAUGUUUCCAGCACUGGGGUUCGGAGCCAAGCUGCCACCCGAUGGACGGAUCUCCCACGAGUUUGCCUUGAACGGGAACCCUCAGAACCCGUACUGUACAGGCAUCGACGGUGUGAUGGAAGCCUACUACCAGAGUCUGAAGUCAGUCCAGCUCUACGGACCCACCAACUUCUCCCCCGUCAUCAACCACGUGGCAAGGUAUGCAGCUUCAGUGAAGGAUGGCUCGCAGUACUUUGUGCUCCUCAUCAUCACAGAUGGUGUAAUCUCAGACAUGGCCCAGACCAAGGAGUCUAUUGUCAACGCCUCCUGUCUGCCAAUGUCAAUCAUCAUCGUGGGGGUGGGGCCUGCAGAAUUUGAUGCCAUGGUGGAGUUGGAUGGUGAUGAAAUCAGAAUCUCAUCCAGAGGAAGAUAUGCUGAGAGGGACAUUGUUCAGUUUGUCCCAUUCAGGGACUACAUCGACCGGACGGGUAACCACAUCCUGAGCAUGGCCCGGCUUGCAAAAGACGUCUUGGCCGAGAUCCCCGACCAGUUCCUCUCCUACAUGAGGACCCGCGGGAUCAAGCCGUCGCCAGCGCCGCCUCCCUACACGCCGCCAGGGCCGCCCAUCCAAACCCAGAUAUGAGGAGUGUGUGGAGGGGGGGUAGAGAACGGUUUCGGAGUCAGGGGUUAGCUGAACUUUUUACGCGCAAAGUACUUCCAUUUCCCUAAAGCCGCUCUCCAUGCCUUGUCAUCGUGGAUCACGGUGGUCUUUCUCGUGUUCAGGAAGCUGCAUGUCGUGCCAGGAGAGUGUCGCUUUUGAGGCCAGGAAAAGCCAAUGAGAGUCUGUUUACUUCCACCGUCAAGCAUUCCUGUAACUGUCUGGAUUUUUUUUUUCUCGCCUGGGAAAACCGGAAAUGCCCUUGAGAGAGUUUGGAGAGCCUGAAUUCAAGCUGGGAGGAAAAGAAGGAAUGGAAGAGGAAAUGAAGGACAGCUUUGGAAACAUUGUGAAGAGAAUGUCUCCAGACAAAAAACAAGAAAUAACUUGAUCUUUAAUGAACUUUCUCUGUCAUGAACUUUCUCUGUAAAUAACAUGUGUCACUUAUUCUAUCUAUCUCUAUCUCUCUCUAUCUCUCUCUAUCUCCAACUCACUCAUUGUUUACAGUAAACACUAACAAGGAUUUUUACUGUUGAUACUUUUAUAUACACAUAGUUUCAACAUGAAGUUUCUCUCUCUCUCUCUCUCUCUCUCUCUCUCUCUCCUGGCGUGUGUGUCAGGUAGCAGCAGUGCAGGUUCUGGUAGCCCUUCUGUACCGUACCGUACCGUACCGUGCUGUACCGUACCGUACUGUAUUCUGGUGUUCGUAUUAACCUUUUGCAUGAGUGUAGCCUCAGUCAAGUGCAUGCAUACAGUGGCCCUGCACUACCUCUUCUAUCCAUCAGUUUGUCUGUCUGUCUGUCUGUGGGGGGUGAGUGUCUGUCUGACUGCCCAUAUCUCCAUUUGUCACUCCACCCACUCUGUCUGUCUGUCUGUCUGUCUGUCUGUCUGUCUGCACUGCUCUCAUGCCUGAGAAGUCUUGUCUAUCUGUCUCCCUAUUUCAGCCUUUCUUCCUAUCUCUCUCUCUUUCCUUUCUCUUAUGUCUCUGUCACUUUUACGAGCUGUGUUUCCAUCCGACAUUUUUUUUGUUUUAAUCGAAGAGCAGAAUAUAAAAAAUGCACAAUUCUUUUAUGCUCAUCAGAGCAGGUGACAUGCCCAAAUUAUCCUUUGUGCAUUAGGAAAUGUAAAAUAUCUGUUCUAACCUGCUUCCCAGUACAAAUCCCGGUUUAUUCAUCAACCAUUAUUUAAAAUUCAUUAUUGGAGCCGUUUUGAAAAAAAUCAAGGAAAUAUAUCAAUUGACAAUUACGUCUCUUGUUAUCAGGGGCUGUCCCAUCUGUAUUAUUACCAUUUCAAGCCCUUACAGUGUCCCGCACUCAACCAUUUACCAGUUGAUGUCAGUUAAUUUCCUUAGUAUUCAGGGUUUAAGGCCUUAGGGGGGACAUUUGGACCGGGCCUUAGUCUUAUGUUUUGUCUCAAAGAAGCCCUUAAGUAUGGCCGACAUUAGCAAACAUUUAAGAGCAACGGUUUUACAUUUCAAAUGCCAAAUUAAGGUUUCCAGCAUUUUAUGUUUCUGCAGAGCAUUAAUUUUACUUUUUAAAGGAAGCAUAGCUACUCUCUCUCUCUCUCUCUCUCUCUUUCUCUCUCUCUCUCUCUCUCUUUUCUCCUCCAAACUGCCUUGGCAAUAUGAUGCCCACGUGCCCAGGGGUUUCGUCUCAUUGUGUUGUCCAACACCACGUCCCCGCCCCAUGUUUUAAACACACAGCACUCGCUCUGAAACGAAAUUCCGUUAGAGCAUAAAGAGCCCAGUGGUCAAAAAUGCAGAAAAAAACACACUUCCCCUGUGUUGGCUUUUUGUUCCAUUUUGGGUUUUUUCAGUGUGUACAUUUUAUUGCACCUUUAGCUUUGAUAUAGCUUUUUAUAUGUUGGUUUUUAUGACGUGUAUUCUAACGUGGCAAUCUCGUUUAAGAGGAUGAUUUGCGUGAUUCCUGUCAGUUUAAUGAAGAAUGAGUUUGUAUUUUGUAAUGAAUGUGGAAGGGUUUGUCAGUAUUUCGAUGAUGGGAGGAUAUGUUAAAUGUGAAUGAGAUUUGUGUGUUCUCGUGUGACACAACUUCUUUUAAAACAUCAUAUGAAACAUUUAAGUCUUAAAAAAAGGUGGGAAUGCAGGACAAUUUUAACAUUAAUUUGAUCAUGAGUGAAACACAUUGCAGCACCAACAAUGUGAAAGGAUAUUCAAGCAUUGCAGUGUUUUUUUAUUGUAUCAACACCCUGAAGCCGUCUUAAAACUAUGGAACAUCUGCUGACUUACUCUGAUGUCUCUAAUGAAAUCCUUGUUUAUUAUAAACCCAGCACCAUGUACACAUAAGUAUGUAUCAAUUAUGUCUUAAAGAAGAAUACAUGUGCAGCUAUUGGCUUCACUGAGGUCUCCACAUACUGAAUCAUUUUGGCUGUUUUCAGGUGAUCCAACAAGAAUUUCCCAGAUCUUUUUGUUUGUAAAAUAAUCAGCCGAGAAUAUUGCCGUCAGACCGUGUGACUGACAUACUCAACAACAAAAAAAGGAACCCAAAUGUCACUACACAGUAGGGUGAUUGAAGGUGAUUAUUUUGAAAUAAUCUUUUCUACACAAUUUGUUUUGAAUCUCAUACUUCCUUGUCCUGUUGCUUGAUUUUCCUAAAGUCAUCUUUUAUUCCUCACAACCCCCUCCUGAAAACCACUGUAGCAGAGUGGACUAGCUGUUCGAGUGUGUGUUUGUGUGUUUGCUUAGCCGCUGCAGUCGCACUGCGUUCAGAGCAUAGCUGGUAACAUCGUUAGGACGGCGGGUCAAAAUGAGGAGCUCAUUAAUGUAAAACUUAGAUCCUGCAAACUGUUAGAGGUCCUGCACUGCGGGGGUCGGAGAAGGGAUUAUGUUUGGGAGAUGGAAGUGUUUCAUGUUCCUGCUUGGUGACAAUUAAGCAUGAAUCCCUACUGGUAGAAGCACAUUUAUAUAUACAAAGGAUGAAAGCGACCCUUUUUGCAGCAGCCACUGUGGGCACAAGUCAAGUUUACGGGAUCAUUUUAAAGCAAAACUAUGGUUAAUUGCAACUUUUAUUUAUGUUUCUGCUUUUGUUCCUAUCCGUUCCGAUAACAUUGUACUAAUCAAAGUAAUUUGCUAAAUUACUGCUGAAAUGUAAUUUAAUAAUAGUACAAGUAGAGUCAAACGGACUGUGUAACGUCAGUUAAAACAGCAAUAUCUGUCUAAAGUUAGCUAACGUUAGCCACCGUAAGCUACCGGUCAUACCAGACCAAUUAAAGCUGUAGUGGCAGAACCCUGAGUGUAUUGAUUAGACAAAACGUGUAGCUUAUGAUUUCACUUUUUUAUUUGUAAAAAGAAUAAUGUGUCAUUUUUUUUUUUUUAAAGUUAUACACCUCACUUUAAAGGUUAAAAACUAAUCCAGCAGAAACAAUGUGUCAUGUGGAAGAAAGGUAAAGGUUAACUCCAACUUCCACGUUGUGCAGAGCUACUUUUGUUUUCCUAGUGGCCAGAAUCAAACCCACGACGCUGAUGUUUAAUGGUUCACGCUCUAUACAAACAGCCUACAGGAUGCCCCUGCCAUGCCAUUUGAACAGCUAACUACCUCCUGUUUCAAGUCACUAGUUCUUCAGCAAAUCCUUUCAGGGUAGGAAAAGUCAUCGCUUACUUCAUGCUCAUUUCUCCACUUUAAAUAACAAGGUUUGCUGAUUAAAUUUAACAGCAUUUAUAUAUUUCACUAUGAAAACAACCAGAAUUUAUGUGGUUUGUAUUCCUAAACCACUAUUGCAUAAUUAUUCACGUUGCUCAAAACACAUUGGUAAUUUUCUAUCAAGAAUUAAAAUCAAGGAAAAAUGUAUUAAAUUCAAGCUUUAAAAUAUUAGCAUUCGGGCUACAAAGGAUUAGCUAUUGAGCCUGAAUGGAAUUGAUCAGACUAUUAAGUUACUUGCUGUCGGUCACAGAGUGAUGAGUUUUUGAUGUGGAAAUGUGAAUUCUGGGGAAAAAACGUUUUCUGAUUAUUUUUUUUUAAACUUGAAGUUACCUACAGGAGAAUUCAAUGAGGGUAAGUCAGACCAUCUUAAUUCAGAUGGAUGGGUUUCAAAUAAAAAUAUUUUAGUAUAUAUGAAUUCAAUUUUCAGCUUAGAUUUCAGCAUUUCAAAAUGUAUUCAUGUUCUAAUAUUUUUGUUAUUAUUAUUAUGACCUUUCUUCGCCUCCAUACCUACACACAAACAUAUGCAUACCGUAUUGCCAUAGUCAUUGGUGCCAGUUAUUUUGUGUUGGUCUGUUUUGGGACAGGUAUUAUUAUUGUUUUCAUUUUCCAUCAUCAAGCAACAGCUCACUAACUUUGCCGAGCCCCUAAGAGUGUGUGUCUGUGUGCAUGCGUUUGAUAUAAGUAUAGUGUGUGUGCGAGUGUGUGUGGCGCCUUUUACAAGAGUGUUUUAAUAGACCAUGUGAGGUGUAAACACACAUAAGAUCUUUGUUUACUAAAGCUAUCCAAAUAAUAUAUUGUAUGCUCGUCAUAUCUUCUUAACAACGUGCACUAUGUUUGCAUGUACAGUUUUACAAAGGAUGCACCAGUUCCUUUUGUUAAAAACUGAGUGUUUUGAAAUAUAAAAAUCUAUAUGAAAAUUAACUGUACAAAAUGGCCUUAAAUCUUUCUCUGAUUUUCCUGGAAUUGUGCGAUGCCUUCUUAAGAAAAAUGAAUUGUUUCAUUAAUGGUUAUCUAUUUUGUGUCAGUGUUUCUAUUGCUUUCUAGUGUAUUUAUUUUUCAAUUAUGGAAGUAAGUUCAAGUUCAAUUAUGGAAAAAAUAAUUAUCUUGUACUUUUUUGAAACCGUGAUUUAAUCAGAGAAAGCAUGGCUGAAGUACUGAUUGUCUGAUAAUAUAUAUGAUAGAUGACUAUUUCUGUAUCGAACUAUGGAUUUUUAAAUAAAUAUUCAUA